AUGUUGCAACAGUUUUUUCUCUGGAAAUGUUUAGCUUCGGGGAUCAUCAUUGGCUCUCUCUUUGCAGCUUGCUUUGGGCAAUACGAUGAUGACUGGCAAUAUGAGGAUUGCAAACUAGCUAGGGGAGGACCACCAGCCACCAUAGUUGCUAUUGAUGAAGAGAGUCGGAAUGGUACGAUUCUGGUGGACAACAUGCUGAUAAAAGGGACUGCUGGAGGACCAGACCCCACCAUAGAACUCUCUUUAAAGGACAACGUGGAUUACUGGGUGUUGUUGGAUCCUGUUAAACAAAUGCUUUUCCUGAACAGCACAGGCAGAGUUCUGGACAGAGAUCCACCAAUGAACAUCCACUCCAUUGUGGUGCAAGUCCAAUGCAUCAACAAGAAAGUGGGCACCGUCAUCUACCAUGAAGUGAGAAUUGUGGUGAGGGAUAGGAAUGACAACUCACCCACCUUCAAACAUGAAAGCUACUAUGCCACUGUGAACGAGCUCACUCCAGUUGGCACCACGGUAUUUACAGGAUUUUCAGGAGACAAUGGAGCUACUGAUAUAGAUGAUGGCCCAAAUGGACAGAUAGAAUAUGUUAUUCAAUACAAUCCAGAAGAUCCGACAUCCAAUGACACCUUUGAAAUUCCCCUUAUGUUGACUGGAAAUGUAGUGUUAAGGAAGAGACUCAAUUAUGAAGACAAGACUCGAUACUUCGUCAUCAUCCAAGCUAAUGACCGUGCACAAAAUCUGAAUGAAAGGCGGACCACUACCACCACACUCACCGUGGAUAUCCUGGAUGGAGAUGACUUAGGUCCCAUGUUUCUUCCUUGUGUCCUUGUGCCAAACACUCGAGAUUGCCGACCACUCACCUAUCAAGCUGCCAUACCUGAGCUGAGAACUCCGGAAGAACUGAACCCCAUUGUUGUUACUCCACCAAUCCAAGCCAUUGAUCAGGACCGGAAUAUUCAGCCACCAUCAGAUAGGCCCGGCAUCCUCUAUUCCAUCCUUGUUGGGACUCCUGAGGAUUACCCACGGUUUUUCCAUAUGCAUCCUAGGACUGCAGAACUUAGUCUGCUGGAGCCUGUAAACAGAGACUUUCAUCAGAAAUUUGAUUUGGUUAUUAAGGCUGAGCAAGACAAUGGCCAUCCCCUCCCUGCCUUUGCCAGUUUACACAUUGAAAUACUGGACGAGAACAACCAGAGCCCCUAUUUCACAAUGCCAAGCUAUCAAGGCUACAUCCUUGAAUCUGCCCCAGUGGGAGCAACCAUUUCUGACAAUAUAGAUUUAACCACUCCUCUAAGAAUUGUAGCUCUGGACAAAGACAUAGAAGAUGUUCCACCUGGUGGAGUUCCUACAAAAGACCCAGAGCUUCACCUUUUUCUGAAUGAUUACACGUCAGUCUUCACUGUCACGCAGACUGGUGUCACUCGCUACCUCACCCUGCUGCAACCAGUGGACAGGGAAGAACAGCAAACUUACACAUUUUCGAUAACAGCAUUUGAUGGAGUACAAGAAAGCGAGCCAGUUAUUGUCAAUAUUCGAGUGAUGGAUGCAAAUGACAAUACUCCAACCUUCCCAGAAAUAUCCUAUGAUGUCUAUGUAUACACAGACAUGAGUGCAGGGGACAGUGUCAUACAGCUCACUGCAGUCGACGCAGAUGAAGGGUCAAAUGGGGAGAUCACGUAUGAGAUCCUGGUUGGGGCUCAGGGAGACUUCAUCAUCAAUAAAACAACAGGGCUUAUCACCAUCGCUCCGGGGGUGGAAUUGAUAGUCGGGAGGACUUAUGCGCUCACGGUCCAAGCGUCGGAUAAUGCUCCUCCUGCAGAGAGAAGGCACUCCAUCUGCACAGUGUACAUUGAAGUGCUUCCUCCAAAUAAUCAAAGCCCUCCCCGCUUUCCACAGCUGAUGUACAGCCUUGAAAUCAGUGAAGCCAUGAGGAUUGGUGCUGUUUUAUUAAAUCUACAGGCAACUGAUCGAGAGGGAGACUCAAUAACAUAUGCUAUUGAGAAUGGAGAUCCUCAGCGAGUUUUUAAUCUUUCAGAAACCACAGGGAUUCUCACCUUAGGGAAAGCACUGGACAGGGAAAGCACCGAUCGCUACAUUCUGAUUGUCACAGCUUCAGAUGGCAGGCCAGAUGGGGCAACAGACCCUGAUGCUGGAAUAAAUGGCCAAGUGCACUACAGUUUGGGUAACUUCAAUAAUCUUUUCCGCAUCACAUCCAAUGGGAGCAUUUACACCGCAGUGAAGCUUAACAGAGAAGUCAGGGACUACUAUGAACUUGUUGUAGUGGCAACUGAUGGAGCAGUACACCCUCGUCAUUCUACUCUAACACUGGCCAUCAAGGUUUUGGAUAUUGAUGACAAUAGUCCAGUGUUCACCAAUUCAACAUACACUGUUGUUGUGGAAGAGAAUCUGCCAGCUGGGACCACCUUCCUUAAAAUAGAGGCCAAAGAUGUUGACCUUGGAGCAAAUGUGUCAUAUCGGAUAAGAAGCCCUGAAGUGAAGCACUUUUUUGCACUACAUCCAUUUACAGGAGAGCUAUCCCUUUUGAGGAGUUUGGAUUAUGAGGCAUUUCGAGACCAGGAAGCAAGUAUCACUUUUCUGGUGGAGGCCUUUGAUAUUUAUGGAACAAUGCCUCCUGGUAUUGCUACUGUCACAGUGAUUAUAAAGGAUAUGAAUGAUUAUCCUCCUGUAUUUAGUAAACGAAUCUACAAAGGGAUGGUGGCUCCAGAUGCAGUCAAGGGUACACCUAUCACUACAGUUUAUGCUGAAGAUGGAGACCCUCCUGGGUUACCUGCAAGUCGUGUGAGAUACAGAGUAGAUGAUUUGCAGUUUCCUUACCCUGCCAGUAUUUUUGAUGUAGAGGAAGAUUCUGGAAGAGUAAUAACUCGAGUCAAUCUUAAUGAAGAACCAACAACAAUUUUUAAGUUGGUGGUUGUUGCUUUUGAUGAUGGUGAGCCCAUGAUGUCCAGCAGUGCCACAGUGAAAAUUCUUGUCUUACAUCCUGGAGAAAUCCCACGAUUCACACAAGAAGAAUAUAGACCUCCUCCAGUAAGUGAACUUGCAGCCAGGGGGACCACAGUUGGUGUAAUUUCUGCUGCAGCCAUCAAUCAAAGUAUUGUGUACUCCAUUGUUUCAGGAAAUGAAGAAGAUAAGUUUGGAAUCAAUAACAUCACAGGUGUCAUCUAUGUGAAUGCCCCCCUGGAUUAUGAAACAAGAACAAGUUAUGUGCUUCGAGUCCAAGCCGAUUCCCUGGAAGUGGUCCUCGCCAAUCUCCGAGUUCCUUCAAAAAGCAAUAUAGCUAAAGUAUACAUUGAGAUUCAGGAUGAAAAUAAUCAUCCCCCAGUGUUUCAGAAAAGAUUCUACAUUGGAGGAGUAUCUGAAGAUGCAAGAAUGUUUGCUUCUGUGCUCAGAGUAAAGGCUACUGAUAAAGAUACUGGUAAUUAUAGUGCUAUGGCAUACAGACUCAUAAUACCACCAAUUAAAGAGGGAAAAGAAGGGUUUGUGGUGGAAACAUACACAGGACUCAUCAAGACUGCUAUGCUCUUCCAUAAUAUGAGAAGAUCUUACUUCAAAUUUCAAGUUAUUGCAACUGACAACUAUGGGAAGGGACUGAGUGGAAAAGCUGAUGUACUUGUCUCUGUGGUCAAUCAGCUGGAUAUGCAAGUCAUUGUUUCCAAUGUGCCGCCUACUUUAGUGGAAAAAAAGAUAGAAGAUCUUACAGAGAUUUUGGAUCGCUAUGUUCAGGAUCAAAUUCCUGGUGCCAAGGUGGUGGUAGAAUCCAUUGGUGCUCGCCGGCACGGGGAUGCCUUUUCUUUAGAAGAUUACAGCAAAUGUGACCUGACUGUCUAUGCAAUUGAUCCCCAAACCAACAGAGCCAUUGACAGAAAUGAACUUUUUAAGUUUUUGGAUGGCAAGCUGCUUGAUAUCAAUAAAGAUUUUCAACCAUAUUAUGGGGAAGGAGGGCGCAUUCUGCAGAUCCGGACUCCAGAGGCAGUGACCAGCAUUAAAAAGCGAGGAGAAAGUUUAGGAUACACAGAAGGGGCUCUGUUGGCUCUGGCCUUCAUCAUCAUCCUCUGCUGUAUUCCUGCCAUCUUGGUGGUCUUGGUCAGCUACAGACAGUUUAAAGUACGGCAAGCUGAAUGCACCAAGACAGCACGAAUUCAGUCUGCACUACCUGCAGCAAAGCCAGCAGCACCAGCGCCCGCUCCAAUGGCAGCGCCUCCGCCACCCCCACCACCUCCAGGGGCACAUCUCUAUGAAGAACUUGGAGACAGCGCAAUGCAUAAGUAUGAAAUGCCUCAAUAUGGAAGUCGACGUCGAUUGUUACCACCUGCUGGACAGGAGGAAUAUGGUGAGGUGGUUGGUGAAGCUGAGGAGGAAUAUGAGGAGGAAGAGGAAAAGCCAAAGAAAAUUACAAAACCAAAAGUUGAAAUUAGAGAGCCUAGUGAGGAGGAGGAGGAAGUGGUAGUAACUAUUGAAAAGCCACCUGCAGCGGAGCCCACAUAUACAGCAUGGAAGAGGGCCAGGAUAUUCCCCAUGAUCUUUAAGAAAGUUAGAGGACUAGCUGAUAAAAGAGGCGUCGUUGACCUUGAGGGUGAAGAGUGGCAAAGACGCAUGGAGGAAGAGGAUAAAGAUUAUCUGAAACUAACUCUAGACCAAGAUGAAGCAACAGAAAGCACCGUAGAAUCAGAGGAGGAAUCCUCCAGCGAUUAUACUGAGUACAGUGAAGAAGAAUCUGAGUUCAGUGAAUCCGAGACCACAGAAGAAGAAUCUGAGUCUGAGACGCCCUCUGAGGAGGAGGAGAGUUCCACAGAAGAAUCAGAAGAAUCCGAAUCCACAGAGUCAGAAGGAGAAAAAGCUAGAAGAAACAUUGUGCUUGCAAGAAGGAAGCCUGUCGUGGAGGAAGUCAAGGAAGUCAAAGGUAGAAGAGAGGAGCCACCCAAAGAGCAAGAAGAACCCACUGUAGAAGAGGAGGAGGAACACCUAGGAGGAGAAAGUGACCUGGCCCCUGUGGAAGAAUCUGCAGACCUUGACGCUCAGGAUGUCCCUGAGGAGGGCAGUGCAGAAUCAGCUUCUGUGGAAGGAGGCAUAGAAAGUGAAGAGGAAUCAGAAUUAGGCAGUAGUAGUAGUAGUAGUAGUAGUAGUAGUAGUAGUAGUAGUAGCGAAAGUCAGUCCGGAGGUCCCUGGGGCUUUCAGGUGCCAGCCUAUGACAGAAGCAAAAAGGCAAACCAAAGGAAGUCUCCAGGAGCAAACUCUGAAGGUUACAACACAGCCCUUUAG